AUGGUAUCCUUCCUCCCUAGGAUGUCCUCAGAAAAUCAGAACAUAGACGACAGGCCCUUCUAUGAGACUGUAUUCAGGCACUUCAAAAGACAAAAGGUGCAGAUUUCAAAUGCAAUAAAAAAGACAUUUCCUUUCUUUGAAGGCCUCCGUGACAAUGAACUCAUCACCAGUAAAAUGUAUGAAGGCUCUCUUGUAACCUGGAAGUCUGUAUUUCUAUUUUUCCCAUUCACUGCCUUUAAGGACUGUCAAGAUUCUUGUAGAAACCUGGUCCCUGUACCAAGAGUGGUGUACAAUGUCCUCAGUGAGCUGGAGAAGACAUUUAACCUGUCGCUUCUGGAAGCUUUGUUCAGUGAGGUCAACAUGCAGGAAUAUCCUGACUUAAGUCACAUUUAUAAAAGCUUCGAAAAUGUGAUCCACGAGAAAAUUAAUUAUGAAGAAAGUAACGGACAAAAGAGGCCGGCCAUCCAACUGAGCCUUGAGCAAGGAACUGGCGGAGACUUUCAUCCCGGCCUGACCUCUUCACAGGCAGUUCCCUUGCCUCGUGAUGGUAUGACCCCACGUGAAAAUGGACUCUCGGAUCGCCUCAGUGAAACAGAGAAGAUGAAUGCGAAGAUGAAAGAUAGAACCAGUGACCAAAAUGGUGCUCUAGAAAGCCAACAAGCAAAUGAACAAUGUUCACAAGAGUCUGAACCAGCAGGAGCAAAGCCAUUCAACCAUGGACUACAAAUCAAUUCCUGUUCUGUCCAUCUAGUGGAUAUAAAGAAGGAAAAGCCAUUUUUUAACUCAGAAGUUCAACUGCAAGCCCAGGCAAGGACUGACUAUAACCAGGUGUCUGACAUAAUAGUGAUCAGCAGUGAGGACUCUGCAGAAUCCAGUGAUGGAGAUGAGUUCCCAGAACCCUCCACACCAACACCAGGAAGGGCGGCUGGGGAUCUUCCUGACCCAGGGAUCGAACCCGAGUGUCCUCCUUGGCAGGCGGAUACUUUACUAUUGAGCCACGUGGGAAGCCAAUGUAGCCCGAUUAAGACAGAGCCCAGGAACUUCAGAAAAACAACCACAUCCAGAAAAAGGGCUUGGCAAAGAGUGAUGCUGAGUGAAGACUCUUUAGAGGCUAGCGAGGACGAGGCACUCUGGGGAACACAGAGCUCAACCCUGCGGAGUGGUCCUGAUGAGGAUCCUACAGAUAUUGGAAACACAUCGAUUCGCAGUAGAAGUAAUAGGAAAAGAUGGAUGUGCAGUAGUGAUUCUUCAGACUUGAGUAACGAAGGAGAGCCUUAGGCAACAUCUAGUUCAGCCCUAAGAAAUGGGUCAGGUAAAGAAGAUUAGGAUGUCCAGCCUUGGCCUGCAACAUGUCAGGAGUGAAAAGCCACUGUUUUGAAGACCUUUGUGUCCUGUUCAUCCUGGAACUCCCUUCAGCAUUUUAAAAAAUGGAAUAAGGCAGGAAAUUUGUGAACUCAUAUUUAAUAGGAUAAAUCCUAUUGAUGAAAUUAUAUUUUGCAUAUUGAAAUUAUAUAGUGUAAUUAAAUAUUGCUUUUGCAGGAGAAAUAAAUAGCAAGUUGA